AUGAAUACAACCAGUAGAACCGGCUUGGUACCAGCCAAGAAAAAAGAUUUCAUAUUAAAAAAGAAGCGAAAGAAAUCGACAGACGAGUUACCUAUCAGAUUUGAGGCGAUGCCAAUGGCUUUAUCAUUGCGGCCAUUUGGAGGUCUGUACAAUCCCUUUUCUAAAGGUUGUUCGGUACUUUGCAACCAUCCUGCACCAUCUGGCCUAAAAGAUAUAAUAAGUCAAAUGAAAUCUUCACUGACAGUGGAUGGAAAAAGUGUAAAUCUUCUGAAAGACAAAAACGUUGUAUCACCAAUUAAUGAGCACGAUAACAUACCCGAGGAUCUUGUCCGACGGUACACUGACACAGACUCGCGUCCUCUCACCCCAACGCCAACCGUUACAAGUGUGCACACACGUAACAGCACCAGUUCCUUCAUAAACAAUCGACGCUGCAUAACCCCCGAGUUGGGUAAAAAUGAAAUAAUCAAACGGAAAAAAAUCAUUUUGGAUUUACGACGCACACACUCUCAAGAGACUCUAUACUGGAAACCAUCGUCGGAUAUGUCACAAAGUAUCACAGAUACUAGUGGUAUUAAGCCCAAGAGCGCUGGCGCUAAUGAGGAAAGAAAAAAUAAGCAGCAACGGUUCGAGGAUCAGCGCCCCAACACUUCCCUAGGUAAUGCCCCAGUCACUGAUAGCACUAAAGAAAUGGAAGGGGUGGAAAUUAAAAAUGUACAAACUUGUAUCAAUGAACAGCAUAUAGACGAUGAGGACAUACGACGUGGCAAGAAACGAAAAAAGAUAAAGCCCACGGCGGCUACAACAACAACUACCUUCCAUCUUAGCGAAGAUCCAGAAACACAGGUGGCUGCACUUGGGCCGGAUUCUCUCAAUCCAAGUACUCGUCCCAGUCUCAUACCAAAUGCGGCAAGUUUACUGCCAGGCAAAGAAAAACGAGAAAGCGAACCAGUGCUGUUGAAAGGCAGCUUUCUCACGGAUGAAGCAUUUCACGCCUUGAAAACCGAGUUGGAUAUUGAUGUUAUUGAAAAUACUUUCGAUAGAUAUUUGGGUCGAGCUUUACGCGAAGCAAUCAAGUAUCUGCCAGAAAAGAAACCAAAAGCGAUUCAAAAAGUUGCUGAAAAUCUUGAGACCCCCACAUUCACAUCUCAGUCGAAAUUGCCACGUAAAUUGUCAAAGUCUGCAACCAGAUUCGAUGUACCGUUAGAUCUUAAAUUACUGGAAGAAAUGACGAUUUUGGAUUACCUUGGGCAAUAUGUAUGGGUCUCUAGUCAACGAAAGCAGCUUUUUAAACGUGUUUUCCUACAAUAUUUGCCAACUGAAGUCAAUAAAUCCGAAGAAGUGGCAGAUGCAAAUCACUCAAAAAUGAGUGGAAAUGCCGAUGAAGACUGUAUGCCCAUUUUAAAUGAGUAUGUCGAACGUAGAAUACCAAUGACAUGUUUACCCAAGGCAUUAGAGGACGUUUUAGAAUUCUACGGUACCGAAAAAAAUAUAUCGGAAAUUUUGCGUUUAUUGGAUUAUGAGAAGGAGAAAUCGUCCAAAGAAAUCAAUUUUCGUACAUGGUGCGGUAUUGUAUCUUUUGCAGAACGAUUGGCUCUAGAAAAUCCAACUAGUUCGGAUUCGUGUGACGAG